AUGGAUCAGCAGACUAGCUAUGAGACCUCAGUGCAACUACAGAAGGCAAAUGAAUGCCAACAGACAGGAAAGAAGUCACUUGAAGAGAAAGACCAGAUUCUGGCCAAUUAUUGCCUUUUAACUGUUCCCCCUAGUUCCAACCAAAGAGGUUCCUCUUUACCACUUGUUGCAGAACCACCAGUUACUGAAGGUUUAGAUGUAGUUCAAAGUCUGGGCAUUUUACACAUGCUCUACAAAUAUUCAAGACUGGAAUUAGUCUACAUUCAUAUCCUUAAGCCUUUGAACAAAAAGAAUAACUCAUUCUUGAUAAGGUUUCAAAUAGAUAAAAGUGUAUAUGUACUUUAAGGUGAAGAGCAUGUGGCUCAGUCUCCACACAUUUCAAAAGGACCAGUAUAUCAUAAGAACUCUGGAUGCCUAGAAGAGAAUCCUCAGAAUGAAUUCAAAUUUACCUGCAUUGAUCUUCAGCAGAUGCUAACUGAAGUCCCAGCAAGAUUUAGAAAUAAGAUUAUUCACUACACUGUUUUUAAUGAUCACAUCUUCCAGCUCUCUAUAGGGAAGGACACUAAAUUCAAAAUGUUCUCAGAUGAAAGGUUGCUGUCACUGUCAAGAAAGAUUCAUUUACCAGAUCUAAGAUUUUAUAUCAAUGUUGGAGAGUAGUCAGUAGAACACCAAAAAGACAAUAAGACCCUUGUCCCUACACCUAUCAUUUUCUGGAGUGGCUCAAUGGAUUCAAGUGAUAUUAUCUUUCCAAUAUAUGGUAUUACUCAUUCAAUAAUUGAAACACUGAGAAGUAAAAAUAAUGAUAACCUCUCUAUCCAGUGAAAUAUAGGUCCUGUUUUGAACAAUAAAACAGAAAAAGCUUUUUUCAGAGGCAGAGAUAAAAGAGAGGAAAAUCUUCGAUUGGUGCAGUUGUCCAAGAAAAAUCCAGAAUUGCCAGAUAUAAGAAUUAUUGGAUUUUUUUUCAAGAAAAAGGGGUUGAGAAGAGUUCAGUUGUUGACUUUCUUUGAUUUCUUUAAAUACAAAUAUCAAGUGAAUGUCAACAGUAUGGUAGCUGCUUAUAAAUACUCAUCUCUUGUUCUAAAGCAGGACUCCCCCUUCUACACAAAGCUAAAACCAUGA